AGAAGUAGAUCGCCCCCUAGAUACUGAAAGAAGCUUACAGACUUCGAACAAAAUGAAAGCGGCAAGCUUCUGGUUAGCAACGGAAAAGAUGCUUUUGUAUAAAAAAUAUGCUAUUACUUUGAGUAAAGGAAGCAAACAGCUCCACGUUUUUUGACCAUAGAAAUCGAAAGGAAUUUACAUUUAAGUCAUGCUAAGGAAUGGCUAAGACGUGUGUAUCGGAGAGCGCGUCCCUGCAGGCGUCUCUCAGUGUUGUCGGAGCACUGGAGUGUGUUGUACGUCGCUGUGUCGGGCCAGAGGGUGGGAGUGUGCUCUUCACAAAAGACACAGGAGAGACACUCAUCACCAGGCAUGGACAACGCAUUCUCACUUCUCUGCACCUGGACCACCCUAUAGCCAGAAUGGUCUUGGAAUGUGUGUGCGCACAUGAUCGUGUUACAGCAGAUGGAUCUAAGUCGUUUAUCCUCCUGUUGGCCACACUGUUGCGAGGAAUUCGUGACUCUGUGAACAGACAGCACAAAGCAACCUGGAACCUGGCCACCCCCCGAAAUCUGGCCAAUCGGCUUCUGGCCUUCUGCUGGAAGGAGCUGGAUGAUGUCAUAGACCAUUGUGUGGUCCCUUAUGCCUCAUCGCUUUUUCUUCUGAAUGGGUAUAGACUGGAAGGGAGAGUGUUGCCUGCUCUAGUGAGAGGGUAUGUUGCAGGAAGAGUUGGCAUUGGCCAGGCUGAAAUACUGACACCUCUCCUUUGUGAGCUAUACAACAAAGUCAGUGAUGAACAAGAUCAUUUAACUGAAGAACCAAUUGCAUUCCUCAAUUCCAAUUUCUCUUUGCUGCACAUAACAGUGUCGGGACUUCCCACUGGCCGUUCACAAGUGGUGGAAGGAAUUGUAUUUGCUCGUGAUUGGUCAGUGUGGAGAGAGGCUCCACACUGUGGUCCAGUGAAAGCACUGAUUGUUUCUCAGUGUCUAGAUAAGCCUUUGGCUGCUGUUGGAGAAAAUGUUAGCAUUUGUUUUCAGCAGGACUGGCUCCUUCACUCAGAGAGAAUAAUGGAGGCGAGAUUAGCGGCAAUGCUCUCACUGCAGGCGCACGUGGUGCUGUCGUCGGUGAAGCAACCUGAGCGCAUGCUGGAGUGGGCUCGGGAGAACAGUCUGGCUGUUCUGGAGUGCAUGGACUCAGAGCAGCUGGAGCUUCUCUGCCAGCUCACUGCUGCAGACACACCCCCUCUGCAGCCGAUGCUCCGUGUUGUCAUGCUGAGCUUCUACCGCCGUCUGCACCCAGGAGGGGGCGGCGUUGCUCAGCUUGGGAUCCCCUGCUGUGGCUUCCCACAUGCGCACACACUCGUGCUGUGUGCACCCACUGCUGGAGCACUUGAACAGAGCAUGUGUGCGAGCCGAGGCACUUUUGCAAUGCUCCAGCAUCUGUGUCAUGCUGUUCUUAGGAGGACAGAACAAACAAGUGAGACACACACUCUCAAUGACUCAUGUACACGAGAGACAGAGAGAGACGGUGUCUGUGAAGCAUGUGAAAAUCAUGACCAUCAUGACCAGUGUCACAUACCACUUCCUGACCAGUCUUCUUCAGGCCAGUCACGAGGUCCGGCUUCCCCUCCGGACUUGUGGGACGUUAUUUUAAAGGCUGGUGGAGUUCUUCCUGUGGGUGGAGCAUUUGAGUUCCUAUUACAUCAUUCCUUGUUGCACUGCUGUAACCAUGGUGACACUCAGAGUCGGAGGCUUCUUGCUGAGGCCAUCCUGAGCAUGUUCAGAUCCUUGCACUCCCACAAACCAAGAUAUUUUUUGCAGCACCACACACAUUUCAUGAGCAAGCUGCAGAUAAUGAAACUGGGCCAUGCCGUUCGUGAGCUUGGGUCAGGGUCAGAGUUCAGACUUGCCUUAAGGCCAGAGGGGCCAGCUUCUUUGUGUGUAGAAUCAGUCUGUAGUAAACACCAGCUGGUGGUAUCUGUGCUGCAGUGUGUGAGCAGACUCUUGUGUGUAGGGGCUAUACUAUACAUCCCUAGUCUUGCACAGAGGCCACUUACCACAUGUUCUGAGGAGAGUGAAGAAGAGAACAUAUAACGCUGAGUCACCACUUCUUCUCUAGCACAGUUUCUCAUAACACUUGAUUUAAGUCUUUUGCUAAUCAUCAAAGCCUUUGUGAGAUGAAUCAGGUUUACAGCACAAAAAUGUUGUCACAUGGGUCUUUCUAGGUUCAGAUUAGUACAUUCCUUACAAAUUAGGAAAUUCCCAACAGCGUUAAUUUCCCCAAAGUACCCUAGGGCAAUGAUUACUAAUAUGAUAUUACAUGAACAUUGCAUGCACUGUAUUUCAGUGAUCACAAAUCUAGGUUGAUACAAUUAGCAUAUUGUCUGCUGUAAUGUUUUUGUUGUUGUUUUUUUUUGUUUCCUGGGACAAAAACUUGUGUGAUUUUCACCAUUUGUGUAAUUGCCAGAUAAAUUGAAAUAAUUUAUUCUUUAAAAAGUAUUUUCUUAAUUCUGUCUGCUGGUUGUUAAAGAUGGCUGCCAGAAUCUUUUGAAGUUGUUUACUCAUAUUUUCAUCACAUAAGGGGGCUACAUAAUAAAACAUUCCUAACCUAAUUUGUAAUUAUAAUUUGAAGUCAAAUAAAGUUUUGCAUGCUCAUAAGUGAGGUAGGGAUAGAUGGAACACA